CUGAUAUAUCACUUAUUAACCUCUUUUCCUUUAACUUUCUUAAAUGUUUCUUUUCAUGUCAAAAAUUUUUUGUUUACGGGGUUUGCCCUUUUUGUAAAAAAAAUUAAUGAUUUAUCGACUGCUUUGCUAUCAGACAGGAAAUAAAAGUCCUCAGGAAAAUUCUCCCAUCAAAAAAUUUGGGGACCUUUGGCCCGGCUAAAACUCCCAAAAAUUUAGUGAUUAAAUUUGGCGUCCUCUUUUCGUUAGAGGUUAUUUUAUUAAAAUUUUUUUAUUAAAAAAAUGUCUACAAAUAAAAUUUCUGCAAAACGGACAGCAACAGAGGCCAAUUUUUCGCCUCUCUCCAAUAAUAGCAACAACAACGAAAAUCCAAAUUCUCUUAAUUUUCUUAUUGAUUGUCAAGUCAAUUUGGUGAAAACAACACUAACAACAAUCAAUACUUUUAUUCCGUCUAUGACAACAGAGCAAACUCCGAUUUUAUUAAACUUUAUUAAAACUCUGACUGAACAAUUUAACCUUCUUAGUAAAUCAAUCGAUUCACUUAAAGAAAAACAACAAGAAAAACCUUAUGGAUAUUUUUCAGGAACAACAAAAUUAAACACUAUUUCAGCAGAGGAGCUAGAGCGCGAAAGAAGUGUUGUUGUGACUGGUUUGACGGAAUCUACAAAAAAACUUCCAUCAGAGAAAAUGGCGGAUGACUCCAAAACAAUAACAAGUUUACUCGACUCGGUGGGGGUUGAGUGCGCACCCAGGUUUUUUUACCGUAUGGGACGUCAGUCUAACCCACCCAAUAAUGGUCAUGCCCGUCUUUUAAAGAUUGUUUUACCAUCCAGAAAAUUUCAGCGUGAACUUCUCAACAAAUGGAAAACAAAUGGCAAGAAAUCUUUCCCCCAAGUCAAUAUGCGUGCUUCAAUGACACCAGAACAAUUACAGCGACGAAGGGAACUAAUUGAAGAGUGCAAAAAGAAGAGAAUGGAGAACCCUCAAUUGGACUGGAUAGUUUAUGGAGAAGCAGUAAUUCUAAGAUCGGAGGUUCACAUUUUUAGAAAAAAUAAAAAAAUCUGA